AUGGGCUCCAUUCCCCGUGACGAGACUCUCGAGACCCAGGUCGACCUGACCAUCAUCGGCGGUAGGUAUCAGCCACACAAUCCGCAAGAGGGAAAGGAAGGUCCAAGGUUUCUGACAUUUGACCAACUAGGCGGGCCAACUGGCCUUCUCACCGGCUACCUGGCAGAGCAGCUGGGUGUGUCGGUAUGCAUUAUUGUCAACCUCGUCAAAGAACAGAAGAGCAUGGCCAUUGACGUGGCCCAUCCAGACAGCAAGCAAGGCCCUCUGGAACUGGGCAGGGCCGACGCGCUCAACGCCCGCACGCAACAGUCCCUCGAGGUCGUCGGCAUCCUCGACGACCUCAUCCAGCAAGGCAUCACAUGCAACACGAGCUCCACGUUUGCCGACGGCGACUUCAAGUCGCGCCAGAGCCACUGGUGGACGGGCCUCGAGCACUGCUUCCGCAAGAACUUCCUGAUGAUCGGCCAGCCCGUCGUCGAGAAGGUGCUCUCGGAGCGGCUCAGCACGCCCAUCGGCUACGGCGAGACGGUCUCGGCCAUCGCCGAGGACGCGGACGGCGUCGUGGUGAGCACGAGCAAAGGCCGCACGAUCCGCAGCCGGUACGCCGUCGGGGCCGACGGGGCGCGGUCGACGGUGCGCAACGCGCUCGGCAUCAGCUUCACGGGCACCAAGCCCGAGAUGGUCUGGGCGGUGCUCGACACCUUCCUCGACACGACGUUCCCCGUGUGCUCCGAGAUCAUCACGUUCCAGCUCAACGGGCAGAGCCGGGUGUCGUGGAUCCCGCGGGAGCGCGGCAUGGCGCGCUUCUACGUCCUGCUCGACGGCGACAUCACGCAGGCCAAGGCAGAGGCCUCGAUCCGCGAGCACAUGGCCCCGCACCGCGUCGACUUUGUCAAGACGGAGUGGUUCAGCACCUUUGACGUCAAGGAGCGCAUCGCGGGGACCUUUGUCUCCCGGGACGGCGGCGGCCGCAUCGUGCUGGCGGGCGACGCGGCCCAUGUCCACUCGGUCAACGGCGGCCAGGGUCUCAACACGGGCAUCGCCGACGCCUUCGCGCUGGCCUGGCGGCUCGCGGGCGUCCUCACCAACGAUGGGCUCAGCCCGGACGCGGCCGACAGGCUCAUCCGGAGUUACGACGUCGAGCGACGCACCGUCGCGCAGGGCGUCAUCGACGUCGCGGCGGCGCUCGUCAGAGACACGAUCAAGACGGCCAAGGAGUACGUCUCCACCAUCGAGAAGAAUGCCGGUUACAUCACGGGCAUGGGCGUGGCCUACGACGGCACCGGCUCGCCCCUGGUCCACGAGUCCUCCCACGGCAUCUGGACCGCAGGCCGGCGCUGUCCGGACGUCCUCCUGGCGCCGGUCUCCGGAGGGGAGCCGAAGCGCCUCUACGAGCUCGUCUCCAGCCAGUACGGCAAGCACCUGGUGCUCAGGGUCGGAGGGCAGCCGGGGGCAAGCCGCGGCGCCCCAUCGGCAGGCGUCAGGCUCUUCAACAUCAAACCCCAACAGACGGAGGAGGAGACUCGUACGACGUCGACAGGAGCUGGGGAUUCUCCGGCAGAGUUGUCUUCGUCGACCUUCACGGCCGAGUGGGCGGCUGACGAUGACAACUUCACCGUUGUCGUCAGGCCGGACAUGUACAUUGGCUACGUCGGCCAGGGCGACGACGGAUGGAGAGAUUACCUAUCGUACCUGAGUCAGUCGUAG